GGCUAUCAGGAGCUGCUGAAACGCGCAAAGCUGCUCAUUCUCAAUGUGCUCGCAAAGUGGAGACGCGACACCUUGUAUGCAAAUGAGCUGAACUCGCGCAGGUGAGGCGAGCGAGGAUGAGCGCGUGCGGCGCGCCCCUCGCCCUCGCGUUGGCCGCUCUGGCCACUGUCGCGUGCGCGGAAUAUUCGUCGAGGAGCGACGCCGAGUACGACUUCGGGGAUUACCGGGGCAGGUGGUGCCUCGACCAUCUGGGCUUCGUCUACAGCAUCGGGGACGUGUACUACCCAAGUGCCGUGCGCUGCCCGUGCACGUGCACCGCGGACGGGCCGGUGUGCGCGAGGCCCCGGUGCCCGCGCAUCCACCCCAGGUGCACGCGCGUCACAUACAGGUCCUGCUGCCCCGUGUGCGAGGCGUUCAGCAGGGUGUGCGUGCACAAGGGCAAGACGUACAAAGUGCUUGAGGAAUUCUGGCUGUCCCCAUGUGAGAAGUGCAGGUGUGGGUAUAACAUGGAAGUUUACUGCACCGUGGCCGAGUGUCCCGGGCUGCACUGCGUCAACCCAACAUACGUGCCGCACCAGUGCUGCCCCAUCUGCAAAACUGGGCCCAACUGCUUCGUGGGAAACACGGUGAUUCCAGCCGGCGUGAGGGUGCAGGUGGACGAGCACCAGGUGUGCUACUGCUCCUACAAGGAGGGCACGUGGGAGAUGCACCAUCAGGCCACCUGCGAGGUCCAGGAGCGCAGGAGCGGCAGCGGCGCGACACCUGAGCAGACGGAGCGGCAGCUCGAACCCAGGCUGGAGACCAUUCCGUGAGCAGGGUGGUGGCUGGAGCCCCCUUCCUCUGGCCUUGGUGUCACUGGGUGAAGGAAGUUGUUUGUUUGCUUUGUGCACCUCUUUUGGCGACAGGUGCAAGAGUACACCCCUCUCUUCCCCCGCCCCCCACCUGCCUCAAACCCAUAUGUGCUGCCAUCCCCGUUUCGGGUUCAACACGCAGAACAGACAGCAACACAGCAGGCUUUGGCCGGACACUGCAAGCCUUGCUGCUGUGCGCAACGGCGCAGAGAAACUGUUCUCGGAAGCAGGACGCCCGCGUCAUUUGCAUAGCUGCCCUUGUGCAGUCAAGGCACAGCCCUGUCGGUCAGCAUGUAGCUGAUGCCAGACUCACCGCGUGGAUGUCGUCACCUGUGUGGAAAGUCAUUUCCGUUCCAGUCCUGCUGCGCUUUGCGUGUCGUGUCACAUGCCGUCAUUUUUUCCGACUUUGAAGAACCUUGAGUCCCUCAAGGAGUUUCAGAAUUUUGUCCCUACGUGUUGCUCCAGGUGUCCUUGUACGUUCGUCAUUUGACAGUUAGCAUAAGUGCAUCAGUGAUGUAACUGGGAACUAACUGUGUGGCAUCUAUGCAAAACAAAGUGUGUAUUGUAACCUUUGACAACACCAUUGACACACACCAGCUGUAUUUUGAAGCUUAGUGUGGAUUUCCCACCUUUCAUAAACUAGAAUAGACAGGUGAAUUUCUGAAAUGAUCAAAGAUGAGAAAUAUUCAUUUUUUAUUAUUUCUUAAGUCUUUGUCCUCACACAGGGCAGAGAUUAGUGUUACUUGGCCUUAAGACCGCAGUACCUGUUUUUUCUCAUGCCAAACAGGAGCAAAGUAAAAACUGCUCAUCACAGGUGAACAAUUCAUAUUGUAUUUUCUGUACCUUUACCUCCAUUUUGGGCAGGAACACAAGGUCACAAUUGCAGCAGCAUCAUAGUUUUGUCAGAAAACAUGUUGAAGUCCUUCGCAGAGCUGGAGGACAUCCAGCAGCCUAUGGGGGAAAGUGUCCAUCAGAAAGGUAAAUGUGGACAGGUACUCUCGUACAGGGUAAACGUGUACACGGGCAGGAAGGAUGCCUUUUUUCUCUACGUUUGUUCCAUGGUGAUAAAAAGGCGGCGAGGUGUACGAAUGGAAUGUAAACACUGUAAUGAUGUUCCUGUUACACUGAGCACAACAAAAAAAUGUGUACAAACUGAUUGUUAGUUUAGGGUGUUGCUGUUUGCCAUUAGGGGGUGUGGUGGUGCAGUGGGUUGGACCAGGUCCUACUCUCCGGUGGGUCUGGAGUUCGAAUCCCGCUUGGGGUGCCUUACGAUGGA